AUGGCAAGGCACUUCAAACCCCAGUCCUUAGAUCUCUACUCCAAAAUUGGUGCUCCUACAAAGCUUACCAUAGAAUCUGUUCGCCACAAGCCAAACUCCGCAGAAUCAUCAUUUCCUCUUAACUCUCCUAAAACUGCCACAAUGCCUUCAAAUUUUUUUAUUACAGAAACCCAUCAUAAACGAACGUUAUCAGCCAUUUCAGCUCCUCGCCGUUCUUUAUCACCCCAUGUUCAGUCUCCAAUUUCUUUCGAAAAACAGCUUGCACGCCCUGAAUUUCUCAAAUGAGCCCAGGAUGUCCAUCAUAAUCGAUUUAUUCCUUUUGAUCACUCUCCACCAAUAUCGACAAAAGUCCAAAAUAUCAGGACGCCUGAUAUGUCGAAAUACCUUGGGAGGGAAACUUUUAAGACUUAUCAAGAUUUAUCAAGCCAAGCCUCUUAUGACCCUAAUUACAGUGCAGUUAAAAAAAAUACAGAAAAAGGUACUAUUAAAUUCAAUAAAGCUCAAGGUAGGCCACCAUUUCACAGGAUCACAAAAAGUGAUAUAAUAAUUGAUUCCAUCAACUACUCACAAAUUGACUCUAAAACUCAAAGCCCAGAUCUCAGUAAGUCUCCAACCAAGCCAUGUGAUAAAACAUUGCCUGCAUUUAUGCUAUCUGGGACAGAUCGCAAUGCACUUAAACAUAUUUCGCUGAAAACUUUAGAAAUGAAUUCUUAUAUGAAAUCUGAUCUUCUUCCUUUAUCAUCUACUUUUGGUGAAGGAUGAACUUCCUCACCUUGCAAGACUGCAAGCCCAAUUCGUGGCCGCUGUCCACAAAUAAUAAAAAUCCUUACUCAUAGACUAAAGCACCCUGACAAAAUUUUAUAA